AUGCCAGAAAAAUCAUCAACGAUGAACAAAGAAUACAACAAGAACAACGAUCCGCGGAUCGCCAACGACAAAAUGAUGAUCGCAACGAAGGAAUUAGUUGCGAUCGCAGAAGAGCUGAAAAAAAAGAAAAAAGUCUCGAUCGAAGAGGUGGGGCGGCUAAUUGAAGAGGCCAACCAACUAAAAGAAACGCUGGCAGAGGUUGCGAGAGGGCUAUCUUCUGUGCAACAAGGGAAAGAAAACAAGAAAAUGAUUUCCGAAUGCAGUAAUGCAUUAAAGCGAGUCGAUCACUGGUGCAAAAAGAAAUUGCUGGAUGAAGAAGUAAAGGAGUGGGUCGAUAUGAAGAAGAAUUCCAAGAAAGCCAAACAGGUCCAUUGGUUGCAAUUCAAAGGAAAGCUUCCCGUCUUCGUUCAGAAACUCGAAAAAGAAAUCAUCUCGAAAAUCGAAAACUACGAUAAGGCUAUCAUUUAUGUAUGGACGGAUGGAAGCUGCAAGGGUGGCAAGAAAAACGGUGCUUCGGGCUUCGGAAUUUAUCUAGGAGCGGAUCAUGAACUCACGAGGUGGGGUCCCAUUUGUCAUCCUCCAAACGGUCACAGUAGCCAGGAUGCCGAGCUUUGUGCAAUCGAGACUGCCCUUGAAGCGAUCUAUUUAUGGGAAGGUUAUGUUGGACAGAAAGUCGUGAUUUUUACGGACAACCUCGAGGUCGUCAAGGCCUUUAAGCAGUACAAAGAAAGGGGAACGGCCGGGGACGUCUGUAGUCUCGACUUUAACCAGAUGAAAUCGAUGAAAUCAGAUAAAAGAAAUAAAUAUUUUCCCAUCUACAAACUUGUCCAACUUUUCGGUGUAGAAAAUCUGGAGUUUAAACAUGUGAACUCAAACCGAAUACCGACCAAGCCACAAGAUCCGGGCAAUAAGGAGGCCGACGAGCUGGCGGGUCGGACGACGGCCUGGGUCAAACUAGCCACUCAUCAAAUCACCGAUGCGGCUGUCGAGAUACCGGGGCUCGACUCCGAGGGAUUCGACGCCGUUCUUGGAUCAGAGGAAGAGGAGCCGACGUUGAUGGACUGUGACACUGAUGUCGAUAUGGAUAUGGAU